CUGUAUAGACGCGCAGUAAAUGAAAGUUACUAAAAUCUCUCUUUGAAUUUAGAGAGUAAAAUCUAACUGAAAUGUCACAGCUUCUUUUAAUGACACAUCCAUGCCAAGUCAUACUUCCAUGUGAUGAAGCAGCAACUCGAUCAGUAAUUUGUUAUUUAACUCGAUGUGGAUUAUCUUAUCAUAUUGAUCGUAUUAUGAAUGCUGAUUCAUGUUCACCUGAUCACUUACUUCCUAUAACUAUACUCAAUGGAUCGAUUGUAACUGGUUAUACUUCUUUGUGUUUACGAUUGAAUACUUUGAAAAGCAAUAAAGAUAUUGAUUUCGAUAUUAAUAAACUUUCAUUGAAGAAUUUACGACAUACUUAUCUAUUUUGGAUAUCUGAUAUAUUACGAAAUGUGAUGCUUUAUUUCACAUGGUUGCAUGAAUCCACCUAUAAUAGUUUCACUUAUAAACGUCUUCAAUCUGUUACACCAUAUUUAAUAACUAGAUUCAUUGCUAAACGUAAACGAAAACAAUAUACUCAUUUUCUAACAUCAAUUGGCUGGAAUAAAAAAAGUAUUAAUGAUAUCCUGAAAGAUAUGGAAGCGCUUUGUGUUAGCAUUAUUGAAUUGCUUGGCAAUGGCCCAUUCUUGUUUGAACAUAGUUCACCGGGAAAAGUUGAUGCUCUUCUCUAUGGUCAUUGGACUGUUCUAUAUGAGUUUUCAGAAUAUUUCAAUGUAUUGAAGCCUAUAUUGGAUAAAUAUCCGUCUAUCAAUAGUCUUGUUAAACGUAUUGCUGAAACAUGCAAUCUACCAUUUAGUAAUUGUUAAUAAUGUUAAAAGCUUAUUUUUAGAUAAAUUAGGUAAUUGUCUUACUUCAUAUUACUUCAGUGAACACAUAGAGACGUUUGUACAUAAAGUUAUAUGAAUAUAUUUCACAUUCCAAGUAUUUCAUUCUUACUGUUACAUUUAGUCAACUUUUUGUUUGAAUAAACGUACGUGUCUAGGUCUUUACGUUACUUCAUUUAGUGGUUAACGGAUCUAUCACUGUCCGGUUUUUUUUAAAAAAAGUUUAUUUCACACUUACAAAACC